UUUUUUCAGAUAAGCAGUACAUAUGUUUGGUUCUCUGCUGGCUGGCAUUUCAGUGUCCUGUAUUGACUGCAGAUAAUCAUUAAUCUCAGACGGCUCAUUUGCACACGGGCAGCUUCCAGACCAGUGUCAGUGUACCAAGGACUCGCAAUGAAGGCGGUUGUGUUUUAUUGCCUCUCGAGUGCAUUGCUCAUCGGAUGUGGAAAUGCGGAGAGCCCACCGGAUAAAAAUAUCCUUCAGAGUGGUCAAGUAAAUACAGCCCCAGGAGAUCCGUUCCUGAGCUCAAAGCAAUGUCAGUUCACCCACCUGUCCUGCCAGAAGAUGUCCUGUUCCACCGGGAGGUAUUGUCAUCAGGGGACGACUUGCACAUGCAAGAGAGAUGACAUGUGUGUCAAGGCAGCGUCAGUUUGCGACAACCAACAGAAGCGCUACAAAUCCAUGUGUGAGUUGAAGGCCAAGGAAUGCCGCCGAAAUAUAGUCAUAUUUUCUCACUUCGGCGACAACUGCAAAGGUGACUCGUUCACGACAAACGUGAGAAAAGCCAGUCUUGGUGUGGUGGAGGUGAAGAUUCCUGAGAGAGGGACUUUCCUCAUCUGUGGGGAGGGGUGGAACAUACAGGCAGCCAACGUUGUGUGCAGACACACAAAAAAACCCAAGGGUGCGAAGAAGGCCACGACUCGCCAGUACAAUCAGCUGAAAAAAGAAGUCAGAAGUUUGCCAGAAAAUUGUGUUAGCAUGCUAUGCAAAGGGCUAGAGGGUUCCUUGGCUGAGUGCAAGCCAGGUCCUGAAAGAAAACUGGAGGAAAACUCCAUGGUUGCAACUGCCACAUGUUACCAAGACACCAGAGCCUGCUCCAGUUCAGAGUUCCGCUGUGUGAAUGAGAAGUGCAUUGACCUCAACAGCACGUGCAACGGCCUCAAUGACUGUGGUGACAACAGCGAUGAGAUGUGCUGUAGAGAUUGCAGAAGUGGAUUCCACUGUAAUUCUGAUGUCUGCAUACCCCAGGAUGCUAAGAUGGAUGGAACUGCUGACUGUUUAGGAGGAGAGGAUGAAGUAUUUGUUUCCACGGUUCCCGCAGUUACCACGGUUCCCGCGGUUUCCACGGUUCCCGCGGUUUCCACGGUUCCCGCGGUUACCACGGUUCCCACGGUUACCACAGUUCCCACAGUUCCACCUCCACAGGAUCCGUUCCUGAGCUCACAGGAAUGUCUGAAGGAGCGGUUCACCCACCUGUCCUGCCUGAAGGCCUUCUGUCCCCCCUGGAUGAGAUGCAUUGGGGAGAAGUGCGUGUGUAAGCUGCCUUACAUGUGCACCAAGGAAGUGUCAGUGUGCAGCAACACCCAAAGGACCUUCUUCUCCUUCUGUCAGGUGAAGGCCCUGGAAUGCCUCCGACAGAUAUCCGCAUUUUCGCACCUCGGUGACUGCAAAGGUGACUCGUUCAAGACAAAUGUGAGAAAGGACAGUGUUGGUGUGGUGGAGGUGAAGAUUCCUGAGAGAGGGACUUUCCUCAUCUGUGGGGAGGGUUGGAACAUACUGGCAGCCAACGUUGUGUGCAGACACACAGAAAAACCUAGGGGUGCAAAGGAGGCCACAACUCUCCAGAUUACAAAUCUCAAGAGGGAGUGGCCAAGCCAUUGCGUUAGCAUGCAGUGCACAGGGCUGGAGAAUUCCCUGGCUGAAUGCAGUUCCGGUUCCGAAAAACAACUUGAGGAAGGCUCCACGGUUGGAACUGCCAUAUGUUACGAAGACACCACAGCCUGCUCCAGUUCAGAGUUCCGCUGUGUGAAUGAGAAGUGCAUUGACCUCAACAGCACGUGCAACGGCCUCAAUGACUGUGGUGACAACAGCGAUGAGAUGUGCUGUAGAGCUUGCAGAAGUGGAUUCCACUGCAAUUCUGAUAUCUGCAUACCCCAGGAUGCUAAGAUGGACGGAAUUGUUGACUGUUUAGGAGGAGAAGAUGAAAUAGUUGAUGCCAACCAGGGAGGACAAGUCCUUUCACCUAUUAAGCAACAGGUUAAAAUUGCCCGGGAUAAAUUGGAGACAUUAGUUUGUGGGGUAGCCAAUGAUGCGCUGCCUCAGCCUCAGCCUCAUCAAACCAGAGGAAGCAGAAGGAAGCGUGUUAUUGGGGGAGAAGAAGCUGGCAAGACCCAGUUCCCCUGGCAGGUUGCUAUUCAGGAGGAUGAAAAAAUAGACUGCGGAGGAACCUACAUCAGUGACUGCUGGGUGCUGACUGCAGCACACUGUGUUCGGCCCAAGCCAGAAGCAUACAGAAUUAAGUUUUCCCUUUGGAGCAAGCUGGGCAAACAGGAUUCCACCGAUUUUUCCCGCGUUGAAAAGGUCAUUAUUCAUCCCCUGUUCAACCCCACCACCUAUCAGAAUGAUAUUGCUUUAUUGCAACUGGACAAACUACCAUUUACUGACAAGUGCAUCCAUGAAAACCCUGCUGUUGCUCCGGCCUGCGUCCCCUGGUCUGAGUACCAGUUUAAGCCUGGAGACAAAUGCACCAUUUCUGGAUGGGGUCGACAGGAUGAUGAGCAGAAGACACUUAAUCUUAGAUGGGCAACCAUAGAAUUAAUGGACAACUGUUCAGGGAUUUAUGCAUCCAAAUAUUUCGAUGGAAUGGAGUGUGCAGGAUCGCCGGAUGGAAGCGUGGACACUUGCCAGGGUGAUUCUGGAGGCCCGCUGGUGUGCAAAGAUGCCAGCGGUGUGUCGUAUGUGUGGGGCAUCGUCAGCUGGGGAGAUGGGUGUGGCAUGGCUGGACAUCCAGGCGUCUACACAAAAGUGGCUCAUUACUAUGAAUGGAUUAGCUCACACACUGGCAAGUCAACUAUCAGCAAGUACAAUGUGUAGUCUCUGAAAGGGAAGAUGUGAUGGAAUUCCAGAGGCCUCACCACUAUGAAGCUCACGUGGCCAGAAUGAAGUUCAUGAAGUUCCUUGAAAAGUCAAAUUUGGCCCCAUGCAGUACCCUUUAAUCACAGUCUAUCUGUGCAGCUGUGAUAAUUUAAUAUGACUAGGUAUAUUCCAUUGAUAACCUAAAUAUAUAUGUCUUUCUUCUGUAAAAAACUAUCAGUGCAUCUCCAGACUGAAGGGAAGUAAUACAAGUUAUAUUAUUA